UUUGGGUGGGCAUUUCCGCUAAUACCAAUAAAGUUUUAUUAAAAGAAACAAAUCGUCUGUUUGCCACACGGUACGCAAAUGGGGGCUGUUACAGAUGAUGAAGUUAUCCGGAAACGUCUUCUCAUUGAUGGAGACGGAGCUGGAGAUGACCGGCGCAUCAAUGUACUCCUAAAGAGUUUCACGAAGUGGUGCAACUCAUCUGGGUCACCGGAGGAUGGAUUUACACAAUACCAGCGGAUGUUGAGCACAUUGGCACAGUGUGAAUUCUCAAUGGGUAAGACUUUGCUGGUUUAUGACAUGAACCUCCGAGAGAUGGAAAACUAUGAGAAAAUCUACACAGACAUAGAGGAAAAUAUCACAUCUGCGCAUGAAAAAAUAUCGGAGUGCAAAAAAGAAAUACUGAGAGCAAAGCGAAUACGAAAGAAUCGGCAAGAAUAUGAUGCUCUGGCAAAGGUUAUCCAGCAGCAUCCAGAUCGUCAUGAAACGCUGAAACAGUUGGAGGCCCUUGACAAAGAACUCCAGCAACUGUCCCACAUCAAAGAGAAUGUGGAGGACAAGUUGGAGUUGAGGAAGAAGCAGUUCCACGUUCUCCUCAGUACCAUCCAGGAACUGCAGCAAACACUAGAGAAUGACGAGAAAUCGGAGAACUAUGAUAUUCAGGAGUCAAGUCCCAUGGAGAACGGGGAUUGAAAGUGUUGUAAUCAUCAAUGUAAUGAAUGAGUCAUGUACUACUAGUAUGUCACUCUAUGGUUUUCAUUUGAAAGAUAUGAAACCGAAUUUUAUUGAGUUUCAAAUUUUUUAUAACAUGUAUUUUUGAUGAAUAAAGUUUGUCACUUGAA